AAGAAAAAUGACGAAAACUACCGACUUCUUUAUAACUAAAUAUCCCAAAGAAAAGCAUAGUUCCACUUUUACCCUUCCAUAACAGUCGCUUCUCGCUGCGGAUUUCUCUCUAGCGAACAGUGAAAGACUUUGUCAUUUAAAUAAAAGUAUUGGGAUAAUUUUGUCAAAUUCCUUCUUCAAAUUCAAAUUCACUAUAAAACCUUCGGUGAACAAUGGAGCUUUCAGAACCAUUUCAUAAUUUCAUUUAAGCAAGAAAAGACCCAUUAAUCUACGAAGGAAAAUUCAUUCAAAAUUUCAUAAAAAAAUGGUUUCUACAAUGGGAGAUGAUGCAGAAGAAAAAUGGGUAGAAGAAAGAAAUGAAGAAGAGGAGGAAGAAGGAGAAGUUUUGGAUGAUUCCUCCGACGAUCCUACUUUCGAUAUUGCAGAGGAAGCUCAGUCGAGUUUAUCUAAGCUUUCAAUGAGGAAAUCUCGGGUUAAGAAAUGUGCAAGUAAUGAUUCUAGUGGGGAUGAGUCGGAAGUCCAGGGCAUGGACAUCCCGGCUCUGAAUGAGAAAGAUGAGAAAUGCUUUGAACAAAUUGAGAAGAUCAUCAAAGGUGGGCUAUUAGAGACACUUAAGGUAGAUCACUGCAAGAUCUACUUAAGGAAAUACGGCCUUCGAUUAACGGGCAAGAAGGAUAUUCUCCUUGAUCGUAUAAAGGAACAUCUUGAGAUUUUGGAUGGCAACGGGGAGAAGAAGUACCCAGUUUCUAGUUUCGAAAUAGACUGUAGAGGUGAUGCAUGCACCGGGGACGUGGUUCUGUUUGAGCAGAACGUCUAUGAGAUGUUUAGCAUAGCUUCAAGGAGUGCUACAGCUCCCUCAUGCGGAACAAGGCUUGUAGCAGGUCGCAUUGUGAAAGAAAGCUAUGGGAUGGCCAAACAACAACAUACAUUUACAGUUGAGGUCCUAUGGAGCAAAGGAGUGAAACCAUGGCCUCCCCUUCACCCUCUUCUCAUCAAGGGCCGCAACCUCUAUAGACUCCAGACAAAAAGACAGAGAUGGGCUGAUGAGAAUGAGAGGAAGAAGGCUUUGGAUGAGAAGCACUCAAGGGGCAAUGUCGCUAGGAGCUCAAGAGAGGCAAGGAUCCAACAGAAGCAAGAGAGAAAGAACUUGGCAGGAAGCACUAGGUUGAAGAAAAUGAUCGUGCAAGGAACAGGUGACCCCAAUCAGAAAACUUCCAUUAAUUCUAAUCCUCAAGACUGCCAACCCCAAAAUUCAGUUACCCAUUUGCCAAACUUUUCACUUAAUUCACAGCCCAACAAUUUAUUUUAUUCCAGACCACCCCAAAAUCCAGCCAUCUCCCAACCCAAUAUCAUAGUCAGUUCUCAGGAACCAGUUAAAUUCCCAAUCAAAUCCCCAAUAAAACACAAUUAUUCUCCCCUUAAUCCAAAUCACUUGCCCUUAGAUUAUAGAAAGCCAUUGUCAACCCUGAAUGGCCAUGUUAUGUCACCUAACCAUCAACAUCAUCAUGGUCAUCAUCAGUGGCAACAUUUUGCGGAUGAUAGAAACAAGUGUGGCGUGAUGCCUAACUAUCCUCACCAUCAUCAUCAUCCUCACCAUCAACAAUUAGCACAUGAGCGAAACCAGAGUGUCAUAAUGCACCAUCAUAAAAAUCAUCCGAAUGCUCAACACGGGGUAUGUUGGCACUUUGCACAAGGGCGUUGCCGCUAUGGCAGUGUUUGCAAAUUCCAGCAUAAAUGAGCUUGAUUCGUUUAGGUAUUAAAGACGAUUGGUUUGGUUAACGUAUUAACGAUGUUUGCUGCUACUCACAUUAUAUUCCAAGUUCGAAUCUUGUUGCCGAACUGCAGAAGAAAAGGAGAAAACUAGUUAAAUCCCUUGUGGAAUCAUAUGGAUCAAGUCGUUUUUGGCUGAAAUCAUAUGGAGUCGAGUCUACACACCAGUACUCGAGUUGUUUUUGGCUGAAAUCAUAUGGAUCUCUCUCUCUC